AUGGAGCUAUACAGAAGUUUGGCAUUAGAGAUUCUAAGAGAAGAAAAAGACAUGUACAGACCGUAUUUGACGGAGGGGAAAGUCGACCCCGUCAACUCACCCACCGCCAACUCGGAUUCUGGAGUGGACGAUCCGUCUAUCAGUCCGUCCUGUAGUUCACCGGAUUAUAAGUCUGACGCCGACCAAUCCGGAUCUUUAUCUCAGUCGGAAUCAUCAGCCUUCAGUAAAAUUCGGAAACCCUCCGUAAACUUGGACCAUCGAUACCCCUUUCCAUCAGCAGCCGUCCCGAUGAUGUACCCCAGUCCAGGGCUAGGUUAUUUCCCAUCAUUUCCCGUGUCACCAUGGAUACCAGCCGACGCCCUAGCGAAAGGAUUUCCACCAGUUCCUUCAUCGACUUCCCGAGCGGAAAUCACUCCCCGUGAAGCUCCAUCAGAUGACGUGUUUUACCGCGUGGAUCCCAGAGUUCCCUUCACCAACUACUUCAUGAACCUCACAAAGCUCCUGAAAAAAGAGGAAAAGAGUUCUGAUAACAAUUCAAGUGCAAGAGAGCAUGAAAGCUAUGAAACAGUGUCCAAAGAAGAACCAGAAUCAGAUUCCGAAGACGAAACCAACAGAGAUGAGGGAAGAGAGACUCCGAAAUCUCCCUCCAAUCCAGCAGACGAUUACAAGUCACAUCCGGUCCGGGACAGAGAAUACCGGAACCUGUCUGCUAUGAUGGCUAACCCAGCCCUGUUAUGUCUCUCUCAGAUGCAUCCUUACCCAUCAAAAGUUCCUUCGAUGGAUGCCCUUCCCCAUCUCUCCGGCUCCAUACCCCAAGCGUCCAUGAUUCAGUUUAUGAGCGGAAUGUCUGGUCAGUCAGCCAUGAUUCACCCAGCGUUUCUUCACAUGUCAGCUCUGGGGCAGAAGCGACUUAAUCAGGAAAAACCUCCGCCAGUGAAGAAGUACAAAUGUGACGUUUGUGGCAAGGCGUUUUCGAGGAGCAACACUCUGGUCACCCAUAAGCGUAUCCACACGGGAGAUAAGCCCUUCAAGUGUGAGAUUUGCGGGAGAGCAUUCCGGCAACCGGGCAAUCUUACACGUCAUCGACUGACCCACACCACGGUUAAGCCUUACGUCUGCCCGACCUGCAACAAGGCCUUCAACCGGGCCUCCAACUUACACACGCACAUGCGCACUCACACCAACUACCGACCCUUCAUCUGCCCGUUUUGUGGGAAGGGAUUCCACCAGAAGAUUGACAUGAAAAUACACUGCUACACACAUACUGGUGAACGCCCCCACCGCUGUGAUAUCUGUGGGAAGGGCUUUACCCUGGCCAGCACCCUCAACACGCACCGCCGAAUUCACUCGGAACAGCGGGGAUUCCCUCUGAUGGAAACUGAGGUUUCCCCCGCGGCAACCACCUCAACGUCAACGAGCGAUGCCUAGCG